AGAAAAACAAUCAAAUUGCUGUCCCUUAUUUGUUAGAAGAUGUAUAUUUUUGCAUACAGUGGCAGGAUAUGUCAUGUUAAAUCAAGCAGGAGACAUUCAUGUAGUUUCCUUACAGCCUCAUUUGAGUAGCAAAUGAAAAAUGCCUGCUUUCCGAGUUAUCAUAACAAAUAUUUCAGCAUUUCCAAGUAAUUUUGUGUGUUUUCAUUCAGCAGUAAACCAUGCAAAGGUUAUUGAUGCUGUGGUGAUAUUGGAUUGAGGGUGGGGGAGAGGAGGAGGAGGAGGAGGAGGAGGAAGGCAUAAGCCAAGAAAAGAGACAGACAGACAGAGACAGACAGAGACUUAAUAGGCGAUGGAGAGAUUUGCAGUCUGUGCCACAACAGAAAUAAUGUAUCAGCUGCGUCAGGAUGUGGAGGUUGGAGUGUAUAUGAAGCUUAGGAGACUAGUCCUCUGUUUCAGCCUGAUGAUUACAAUAAAGGUUAUUGUCAUCACAGGGGGUAUGACAUUAACUCAUCACUCCAGCGUGUGAUUAGAAAUGACAUUUCACAAAAUGUAAUUUUGUCCAUGUUACACGGUUCCUUUCUGGCACAAGGAGGCAUAAUUCUACUUGUUAAGUGAAGCUUUCGGCAGUGCGGACCUGUCAGCAUCGUGCUGCAUUUGGCAAGAGAAGCCUUGAAAGGUUAUACAAGUGUGUCGUGUUGUCAGCUCCUGUGGUUGUAUCUUCUUUCUGCUGCACAAACAGGCGAAAAGUUGUGAGUGGGGAAGAUGUGAGGAGAGACAUAACCAACUGUUCCUGCAAAUCACGUGUAUUUGGCCAUGAAUGGUGGAUUAAAACCUGUAGAAAUUAGCCACAUAAUGUGGUUUGAAUCAUUGUUCGUGGUCCUCUAUUGAGAAAUCCUAAACCUAAAGAAAUCUCACGCCUCAGUUCUGAUGAAAUAGUGGUUAAGCAGUUUUCAGAAUGUCCGCUGGUUGCCUUAUAAGAGGCCACCGCUGUCAUACUUUUGUUUGAUCCUCAGUCGAAUGAGUCAAAAACAUCCUAAACUCCUUUUUGCUUCCAGCUUUUAGACACAUUAUUGAUUUCAUUCAGAAAUUCAGUCCCCCCAUGCAAGCCAAAAGACUUCUCUUGAAACGUCACCUUCAGUUGUGUUGUAUUAGCAGAAAUGAAAGACCAUGUUGUUGUUUUUGCUCUUCUAAUGAGAUGCCAAGUGAUUUAUUUAUGAAUUACUUGUUUGGAACAGCCCCCUUGUGCAGUGUGCUUUUUUUUUUAUCCUCUUUGGAGUCAUGUCGCUCAGUGAUUGCUGAUGCAACUCUUUGUCAUCCAGAGUUUGCCCUCACCUCCUGUGAGCCUUCGGGGAGGGCUAUAUCUAUCUUGGCAUGUCCCGGGUGUGUUGGAGGUGGGAGUGACUCAUUAAGCAGGUGUGAGCAUCCACUCCCAUACUGCUACAUGCCAAACAAGAGCUCUCCAGCUCAUAAGCUCGUGCAGGGAAGAAUCAUGAUGGCAAUAUAGCAAACACAUCACAAUAAAUCUUUGCACUGGACCUGGGCCAAGUCACAGGGAUAAUGAGCUGCUAUUUCCCCAUUAUGCUCACUCUUGUAUUCAUCAGAGGUGGAGUUUCCAAAUGUUCAUCGCCCAUUGAAAGGUUGUGGCUCCACUGACAUUUUUAUUUGAAUUCUGCAUUAUAAAGGGGAAUGAAUUGUUCCCAGUUUGUUCCUGUCGAGGGGAAACAAGCGCGUCAAGAAGCAAAGCAGUUUCAUCUUCCGAGUGAGCUCUGUGUAGGCCUAUAUAUUAUAUUUAAACGUGUUUGCUGACAUUUGGUUAUAAUAACCUGUGAAAGCUGGUUAAUACACUGCAGAGCACUUGCAGGGGAGUCAUCCAUCUGUUGUGGAGAUGGCUCACUUUAAAAGCAAGAAGAAGCAGAAUUGUUUUCAGUAAGUUCACAUCUUUGUUAGCCUCCAGUGCCUGUUGCCAUCCAAAUGUUUUAACACCAUACAGCACUGAAAUUAUGAGACUUCUCUGAUUUUUUCAUGGCCUUAUUUAUUAUAUAAAUGACUCAGGUUACGACACACACGUAGAGGACAUUAUUUGAGUAGAGUGAGAGAAUCUUCUUGGGCUAUAUCAAGGAUGUUUGAUCAGGAUGCCUAAAAUGGAUUAGAUAGUGAGGACAAACCUUCACAAAUAUAUACUUUACACUCAAAUACCUUCUUUCCUACAGCGUAUUUUGAUACAAAGUGCAUAUCCUCCUCACAACCCGCAGACCAGUAAAAGAAACGCUGAUUUCUAAUUCUCUGAAUAUCUAAUUUUACACAAAGAGGCCAACUCUAAAUGGAAGUAUCACGACCUUGUGGAGACGCGCUGUUACGCAAAAACCUUCACAAAAUAUGCUACCUCUUUGGUCUCGGUGAGCGAAAUACGGAAGAGGAGAGUCUUCGCUCGGGCUUUACAUCUUGCCAGACAUUAGGGGUUGGAUGCAGGCUGCACGGUAUGCGGACAAACAAAAGCACAUAAUGCACGCUGACAGCGCAUUAAUAGUUCCGCCUGGGGGCUGUUUAAACAGGAGUUUGGCGGCGACCAGUCAGCCAGCGGCAGGUCACAUGUUGCAGCGUCAUUGUGUAGUAAAGUUACUGUAGUUGCAAAGAGGCUCCUCAUUUCAGCUCCAGAGGUCUCUCAUCCCGUGGUGCUGCUGCUGCGGCGUUUCAGCAUGCGACAACUUCAGUUUCAGACGAUCUCCAAAGGAGCCGUGCAGCCAUGGGAGUGCAUUACCUCAUCCAUGCAAUUUCCACCAUCAAUAAUUUAAUCUAUUUGCUUCAAAGCUGAAGAGAUAUCCUGAAGCUUGUCGGGAGAGCACAGAGAGGAGAAUCUCGCUUAAGUAAAUUACUCAGGGAGUUGUCCGAAACAUCCCAGAUGACACUGCUGUCCUGUUGAAUGGUCUGUUUUACGACUGGGCAGUAAAAGUUCCACCAGGUUAGAAGAGUGAUGACCAUCCUGUUCCUUACUAUGGUUAUUUCGUACUUCAGUUGCAUGAGAGCUGCGCCCCUGAGAGACGCCCCGGGCAUGCGGGGCCAUCGGACGGAAGGCUACUUGGGCGCCGCUGCGACGGCCACACGAGGCCACGGGACUCCACAGAGUGGUGGUGGGCCAGGCCAGCACGGGGAACUGCCCUCACUCACAGACACCUUUGAGCAGGUGAUAGAGGAGCUGCUGGAGGUGGAGGGAGAGGCGGCACAGCUGGGACAGGGGGCUGAUAAGAGCCAGGGAGGUGGGGGCCCAUCUUCUUUGGUCACCACAGAGACCAAGGAUGUCGAUCUGUACGACUCGCGGGUGAUGAUCAGCAACCAAGUGCCUUUGGAGCCACCGUUGCUCUUUCUUCUGGAGGAAUACAAAAACUAUCUGGAUGCCGCUAACAUGUCCAUGAGGGUGCGGCGACACUCCGAUCCCUCGCGGCGCGGAGAGCUCAGUGUGUGUGACAGUAUUAGCCAGUGGGUGACAGCUGUGGAUAAAAAGACGGCAAUAGACAUGUCUGGGCAGACAGUUACCGUCAUGGAAAAAGUCCCUGUCCCCAAUGGCCAGCUGAAGCAAUACUUUUAUGAGACCAGAUGCAACCCCAUGGGGUACACAAAGGAGGGCUGCAGAGGAAUAGACAAGCGGCAUUAUAAUUCCCAAUGCAGGACAACCCAGUCCUACGUGCGAGCGCUUACCAUGGAUAGCAAAAAGAAGAUUGGCUGGCGGUUUAUAAGGAUAGACACUUCAUGUGUAUGCACAUUGACCAUUAAAAGAGGGAGAUAGUGUAUAAAAUGUAUAGAUUUUAUUGAAGAGUUUAAAAAAGAGAAUAAAGAGAAAAUAUCUAUUUGUAUAUAUACAUAACAGGGUAAAUUAUUCCGUCAAAUGAAAAUUUUAUGGACUGCAUGUAAAAAAAGAUGAAGUUUAUACAGUAAAAGUGAUACUACAGUCUAUUUAUUGAACAUAUUCAUGACCUUGUAAACGAUUAAAAAAAAUCUGAUCAGUCAUUUGCGCCCAGUUUAAAUUACUAUAUCACAUCUCUCAAGACAUUGUGAUUUGUUUACGUUGCCAAGAAUUAGAAAAUGAAGGAGGAAAAAAAAGGCAAGGAAUGAGAGGGGACAGUUCCAUCUUCAAAAAGCUUGCAUGCUGCUUCAAUUGUGAAUUGAGAAAUUCUCCACUUACAAAAAAGGAUACGACGCUGACCAAAAAACAUUCCGUUUACAUAUUCAGCAGAAAACAAUUUUCCUCUCAAGUAAUUUAUCUGUUUACUGUUCUAAACUUCUCAAGGUAAUGUUGGACUUACAUACUAUGUCAAGGUGCU